AGGGGGCUCUGGGCUAGCCCCGCCCUCACGGUGUGGCAUAAUCCCAGCCGCUGCCCCUACCUGGACCUGGGCUAAGCGCUCUCUGUACAUCAUCUGGGUACACUCUUGCCCUGCCUUGUGAGGCGGGAGCAUCCGCCCAGGCCCUGUUGUCAGCUACACUCGCAUUGGGGUGCCCCUCGGGCCCCCACACCCCCCUGUUCCUGUGUCGUCAGCCCCGAGCUGGCCUGGGCGGCCGCGCCUGCCAGGCACCAGUGUGUCACAGUGGGCUCGGUGUUGCCCUUCCCUGCUGGCCCCACGCUGGCUUCCCCUCAGGGCCGGAGACCGUGCAUCCCGCUGGCCGUGUGCUUGCUCCCUUACGUCAGCAAGCCCUGCUGACUCUUCUGAACCAGGCUCAAAUCCACGUCCCCGUAGCCCCCUGACCCGUGUCUCCUCAGGUGUCCCCCGCUUCCUCUCUAGCCUCCUGGAGCCCCUCCUGCCAGGGGCACCCGGAUCUUCAGACACUGCAGACGGGGCCUGUCGGUCCUCACUCAGUCUCCCCUCACACAGCUCAGAUGAACUCAGGCUUGUUCCCUCGGGGUCUUUGCACCUGCUGGUUCUUUCUGGUCCACUCUUGCCCCGCAGGAGUCAGCUGGAACAUGGCCCCCUCCUUGGGGAGCCCCACCUGCACCCUGCGCCUCACUCAUUGUCACUUCCCUGGGUUUCAGAGUUCCCAUCCCCUGGCUCUCUCCCCACAUGCCUGCCGUGGCCAGGGCUGGGACAGGGCCAGUGCCAAGCCAGGAGCCCAGAACUCAGUCCUGGUCUCCCACACAAGCGGCAGAGGCCCGGGUACUUGAGUCAUCGCCUGCUGCCUCCCAGAGCCUGCAUUGGCAGGGGAACUAGAUCAGAAUCGGAGCUGAGAAUCAAACGCCGGCACCCUGAUGUGGGAUGUGGGCAUCUCAACCUGUCUUCACUGCCAAGGUCAGACACCCUGCCCUGGGUUUGUCUGGAGCGCUUACUGUCCUUCCAAGCAAGCGUCCACGCGCCCAGGACCCCCUAGACUGCAGGUAGAGCACUCGGCCUCACUUACUGUUGAGAGCCGUGCCCCAGCGCAGGCGGGGCAGAGGAUGCUGGACGCAUGCCAGGGGCUGGGAGACAUUGGGGGACUUGUCCAUUCCCCUGGCAGCGACGGCAGGGCACUGGCCGGCACGGUGGGACCCUGAACCUGCCGGCUUAUCCGGGGCUGUGCUGUCCUGUCCUGACAGGACUUGGUUAAAAGUCUGGCUGCCUGAGCCGUUUAACCCCUCUGAGUCUGUUUCCUGGACUGUAACAUGAGAGGGAGGAUCUCCCCCUAGUGGAGGAACCGAGACGAUGCAGGUGGAGCACGUGCACGGGCGUGUCUGCUCCUAACUGGAGCCGCCGUGGCUGCACCUGCGUGGGCCGAGGCCCUUCUUCCUUUGAGGGCCUGGAGAGAGUGGGGCAAGAGGAUGCCCUCCCCCUCGACUUGCCUGCUUCCCCAAGCUGGGCAUCUGGGUGUGCCAGGCGCGUCGUCGCCGCUGGUCCGACAGGUUUUGGGGGAGGGCAGCAGAGGCGUGGGGCCAGGGUGAGGCUGCCCAGGGUUAAUUAGAGGGAGCUGGGCUGGAGAAGCUGGGGAGAGGGGCUGGAGAGAGGCUGGGCCUGCUGAGCCUGGAUCACCGCAGGAGUGGGAGGCCAUGGGCCGGGGCUUCAAUUCUGCCAGACUCAGGCGCCAAAAACGGCGCCUGCGACCUCGUGUCCAGAAAUCCAGGCGGCAGCCGGAGCGGCUCCAGCAGGAGAACCAUGAGCUGCGCCGGGGCCUGGCAGCCCGGGGUGCUGAGUGGGAGGCCAGAGCUGUGGAGCUGGAGGGGGACGUGGAGGCCCUGCGAGCCCAGCUGGGAGAGCAGCGCUCCGAGCAGCAGGACAGCGGCCGCGAGCGGGCGCGUGCUCUGAGCGAACUCAGCGAGCAGAACCUCCGGCUCAGCCAGCAGCUGGCCCAGGCCUCCCAGACUGAACAAGAGCUUCAGAGGGAGCUGGACAGCCUUCGAGGGCAGUGCCAGUCUCAGGCUCUGGCUGGGGCAGAGCUGAGGACUCGACUGGAGAGCUUGCAGGGGGAGAACCAGAUGCUGCACAGCCGCAGGCAGGACCUGGAGGCCCAGAUCCGGGGCCUCCGCGAGGAGGUGGAGAAGGGCCAGGGCAGGCUGCAGACCACCCACGAGGAGCUGCUGCUCCUGAGGAGAGAGAGGCGGGAGCACAGCUUGGAGCUGGAGCGGGCGCGCUCCGAGGCCGGGGAGGCGCUGAGCGCGCUGCGCAGGCUGCAGCGGCGCGUCUCGGAGCUGGAAGAGGAGUCGCGCCUCCAGGCCGCCGACGCAUCGUGCGCCUCGCUGCAGUCGGAGCUCGCCUGCACCCUCGAGACGGGCCAGGCCCAGGCCCCGGACGCCAGCGCGGGCCGAGACACCCAGACCAGUGUGCUCCCGGAGACCCAAGAGGUGUCCAGCCUCCAGCCUGCCUCCCACGAGGAGAGCCUGGAGCCUCCCAAGAAGCGAGCAGCCCGCAGCCCCGCCGAGAUCCUGGAGGAGAGCGAGGCGGAAGUGGCCAGGCUGCAGGACGAGGUCACGCUGCAGCGGGAAGAGCUCCAGGCCCUGCGAGAGGAGCUGCAAAGGCAGAGGGAGCUGCGGGCACAGGACAACCCCGAGGCGGCCCUGAGCGGCGCCCUCGCCGACCGGGAGGAGGCCGUGAGCAAGACCCGGGAGCUGUCCCUGGAGCUGAGCCGCGUCUCGCUCGAGCGAGACUCCCUGUCCCGGGAGUUGCUGCGCACCAUCCGCCAGAAGGUGGCGCUGACGCAGGAGCUGGAGGCCUGGCAGGACGACAUGCAGGUGGUGAUCGGGCAGCAGCUGCGCUCCCAGCGCCAGAAGGAACUGGACGCGGCCGCAGCGGCGCCCCCGCUACGCCGCGCCGCGCCGCGCUUCUCGCUGCGGGACGGCUUCCUCACCAACCUCUUCCGAAGGACCUGACGGCCGGGGCCCCCUUUCCUCCAACGGCAAUGAACCGGGGGGGCCCAGGUGGCCGCCUCGCGCAGGAGCUGGGCUGGGGCUCUUGGGGAGCAGCUUUGGGGCCGGGGCCGGGAGGUGGCAGCAGCGGGUGGGGCAGAGCCGUCUAUUUUUGGAAUCUACAGAGGUCUAUCUUUUCUAAGCUUCUAAGCUCCAAGACCCCUGCCCGGGCAUGCCCCCCCCCCCACUCGGGUACUUAUGUUUUCAGCAUCCCACAGAGUAAUAUAUAAAAAACAAACUUUAUUGUGAAAAAACAGAACAA